CACUCGUUUUCUUGAAUCGUCCGCAAUCUCAAGCUCUUGUCGCCGGCAGUCUCAAGAGACGAGAGUCUGAGAUUACCUGUGGCUCUCUUUCUAUCUGCAAGAUCCACCAGAAUCACACGCUCACGCAGCCACACGACAAAAUCCAGGAAAGGAACAAUCUUUGGUUCUGGAACCCACUGGUAGCCAUCGGUCCUCCUUGAUUAAUACUAAGCGCACAGGGCGGCGCUCACAAAUCGACAGCCAAGCGAGGUAGCUCCCAGUUCCGCAGUUCCCGUUCCACGCUCGGCAUGGCUCCGCAGGCGUGGAUUGUGGAGGAGAAGGGCGAGGACCUCCAAGGGCCCAAGGAGUUCCUGCCCCUCUCCAAGCUUGAAGAUAUUGGUGUGCUUUAUUGGCAGUUGGAUCCUAAGAAGUCUGAAAGCGAAGAAGAGCUUGCAAAAAUCCGCAAAGAAAGAGGAUACAGUUACAUGGACCUUAUUGAGAUAUGUCCUGACAAACUGGAGAACUAUGAGGAGAAGCUGAAGAACUUCUUCACUGAGCACAUGCACGCUGACGAGGAGAUCCGCUACUGCUUGGAAGGCAGUGGGUACUUUGAUGUCCGUGACAAGGAUGACAAGUGGAUUAGGAUUUGGAUAAAAGAAGGAGACAUGAUCAUCCUGCCUGCUGGAAUUUAUCAUCGGUUCACCCUCGACAGCGCAAAUUAUGUGAAGCUCAUGAGGCUCUUCAUCGGGGAACCAGUCUGGACUGCGCUGAACCGGCCUCAGGAGGGCCACCCCGCAAGGCAGGAGUACGUGAAGAAUGUGAUGGGAAACACUGGAUUCGCUCUAGCAGCACACUGAACCUGCCGUUGCCGUUCGUUCAGCGAGAUACAAACAUACAAUUUCUUGAACUCUUUUACAUCACGGCAUAUAUGGACCAAGAGUCGGAUGCGAAAACAUUGCUGUGUUGUGAUGGAACAUCAUGCCGCACUUGCUUGUACACGUAGAAGAUACUGCAUCUGCAUCCUAUGGGAACGUACGAUGUACUAGUAUUUUCCGUUGUGUCUGCUUGAUACAGAUACCCUUGGAUGUACGUGGUUGCAGCAGCAGCUGCCAACAAUGCUUUAUUUAUGUAUCUUACUAGCACAGUGUCCGUGCAUUGCUACGGGUAAUAUAAACUUUACUCGGAUCUACAUAAGACUACUAAUUUUGUGCUCUCUCA